AUAACAGGAGGGGAAAAGCACAGUCGGAAAUCGAGCAAAGAGGGUGGUCGUUCUUUUUAUUGUUCCCCCCCCGCCCUUUAUCUGAGGUUGAAUAGGCAUUUUCUUGUCAAUGUUAUUCUAGGAUUUGUCAGCUUCAUAUGCGGCUUGUUGCUUGGGAUUUCGCUGUUGUUGUUUGGUUUUUUAACCAAUAUAUUUAAUAGAUCAAGAAGAGAAGUCUCAGGAUACUUAGAGCAUCAGUCAUUUACUGCCUCUAAAUGUAUCCUAGUACCACGUGGCACAAGGAGUGCAUGUCUUUAUCAUUGUACUCAUGACCAUGUUAUGACUGCUCAAUUAGUUCUAAUCAAGCAUAAGGUAAUGAAGGAAAUCAUCUAUUCUGUUAUAGAUUGUUCACAGUAAUUUUUAUAUGAAGGAUCUCAGGAUUUAGCAUAAAAAGCUACUAAAAUAGGCUACUGAUCUCAGUUCUCUUGUAAUAGUGUGGACUGUUCUUAAUAUCUCAUUAAUAGUAGUUCUUUUUUUCACACUGUUACCUAUUUUUUUUUUUUUCUUUUUAGUUUUUCUAUUUAAGUAGAAAGAUGUUGAGACCAAAAUCUAAUGAGUCAUAGAAAAAUCCACAGAUGUGAACUCUUUGUAUAUUUACUAAAUCAAAAUGUUUUGUUGCGGGGGUUAUUGUAGGUUCUAAUUAAUGUAACUCUCUCAUUAGCAUACAACAAAAAGAACAAUGAAGGGCAAUUCGGAAAAUUCCACAGAACAGGACCUCUCCAAUCCUGAAUCUGGAAGCAAGGGGUGUGAUGAUCCUUCUUUCCAGCAUGAAGAACAUGUAGAACAAAGUGACCAGUUAAAUCCCAAGAGGAAAAUGAAGAAAGAUGAGAAGACAGAGAAACAAAUGGUUGGCAUUCUUGAAUUGUUUUGCUAUGCUGACGGGGUGGAUAUCCUGUUGAUGGUAGUUGGUUUGGUGGCAGCAGCUGCAAAUGGAACUGGAAUGCCACUUAUGAUCAUUAUCUUUGGAGAGAUGACAAACAGCUUUGUGCUCAGUGGCGUGGAAUCCAAUGAUACUUCAGGAAACAGUUCCAGCUGUCCAUCAGAUCCAGGUGUGGAUAUAGAAGGUGAAAUGACAAAGUUUGCUUACUACUACGUGGGAAUUGGCUUUGCUGUGUUGAUCCUGAGCAUCAUCCAAGUGUGGACAUUUUUGGUUGCUGCUACAAGGCAAACAGCAAGGAUCCGGCAGAAGUUCUUUUUUGCAGUGCUCCAUCAGGAGAUGGCUUGGUUUGAUACUACCCAAAUAGGAACACUGAACACCAGACUGACAGAUGACAUCAACACCAUCCGUGAAGGCAUCGGAGACAAGAUCAGUAUAUUCCUGCAGUUUUUUUCCACGUUUGUGUCAGGGCUUAUUAUAGGAUUCAUCUAUGGCUGGAAGCUGACACUGGUGGUUAUGUCAGUCAGCCCACUUCUUGCUGCAUCGACAGCAGUUUGGUCAACUCUCCUGGCAUCCCUCACUGCUAAAGAGCUGUCUGCUUAUGCCAAAGCAGGAGCUGUGGCAGAAGAAAUUUUGACAGCAAUCAGGACUGUUGUGGCUUUCAACGGACAGCAAAAGGCAUUAGAGAAAUAUGAUGCUAACUUAGAGAUGGCUAAAAGUGUUGGAAUGAAAAAAUCCAUUACCACUAACACAUGUCUAGGUGUUUCACAAUUUUUCAUCUUUGGAUCCUAUGCCCUUGCAUUUUGGUAUGGGACCAAGCUCACUGCUGAGGAUCCACAUUAUGACAUCGGCCGUGUGUUAAUUGUGUUCUUCUCUGUGCUUGUUGGAGCUUUCUCCCUGGGCCAGGCAGCUCCCAACCUGGAGAGUGUGGCUAAUGCACGCGGGGCUGCCUAUGAAGUGUAUAAGAUUAUCAAUAAGAAACGGCUCAUAGAUAGCAGUUCUAAGGAGGGUUACAAGCCAGACAAACUCAUAGGACAAAUUGAAUUCAGAAAUAUCCAUUUCAGCUACCCUUCCAGACCUGAUGUUAAAAUCCUCAAAGGUCUAGACUUGAAAGUUCAAACUGGGAAGACCAUUGCUUUAGUUGGUGCCAGUGGCUGUGGAAAAAGCACUACUGUUCAGUUGCUGCAGAGAUUCUAUGAUCCUGACCAGGGAGAAAUUACCUUAGAUGGUCGGGAUAUUCGGACCCUUAACACAAAGUGGCUACGAGAAAAUAUUGGCAUUGUGAGCCAAGAGCCUGUUUUGUUUGCAACCACAAUAGCUGAGAACAUUCGCUAUGGCAGAGAAGACAUCACUGAUGCUGAAAUUGAGCGAGCAGCCAAGGAAGCCAAUGCUUUUGACUUUAUAUCUAGACUCCCUGAUAAAUUUAACACCAUGGUGGGUGAAAGAGGGGCUCAGCUGAGUGGAGGACAGAAGCAGCGAAUAGCUAUUGCCCGUGCCCUAGCAAGAAAUCCCAAAAUUCUUCUUCUGGAUGAAGCUACAUCUGCAUUAGAUACUCAGAGUGAAUCCAUAGUGCAAGCAGCUCUUGAUAAGGCUCGGGCUGGACGUACCACCAUUGUGAUUGCUCACAGACUGUCUACCAUCAGGACUGCUGACACUAUUGCUGGAUUUGAGAAGGGCAUCGUGGUUGAACAAGGGACGCACAGUGAACUGAUGUUGCAGAAAGGAGUCUACUAUUCCCUUGUAAUGCAGCAGGGUUGUAGCAGUGAUGUUCAAGAUAAUGGCACAUCAGAAGAUAGUGAAGUCACAGAAGCUGAGGAAUAUGAGGAAAACAUAAAUCCUGUGGAAGAGCUGACUCUUCAAAAUAAUUUUGAAGGAUCUGUGAUCUCAGGAAGAGGCAGCAUUCGAAGAAGAUCCAGCAGAUAUAAGAGCAAGAGGAGUUCAUCUAAAAAUCCCUUUGGAAAAAAGAAGAAAAAAGUGGAGGUGGAGGAAGAAAAUCUCCCUGCUGUGCCUUACUUAAAAAUCCUGGCUCUGAACAAACCUGAGUGGUUCUAUGUACUGCUGGGAGUGAUUGCUGCCGCUGUCAUAGGUGCGGUCCAUCCUGCAUUCGCUGUUAUAUUUGGAAAAAUUAUUGGGGCUUUUCAAGAAAGAGAUCCAGAAAAAAGGAGUAAAAACACUGUGCUGCUUUCUUUAAUAUUUCUUUUACUUGGAGUGAUUAUCUUAGCAGCAUACAUAAUCCAAGGAUUCAUGUUUGGGAAGUCUGGGGAAAUGCUAACAAUGAGACUGCGCUCUUUGUCCUUCAGAGCAUUACUUCAGCAGGAGAUUGGAUGGUAUGACGACCAGAAAAAUGCUGUUGGUGUUCUGUUAACUCGUCUUGCUACAGAUGCUUCCCAAGUUAAAGGCGCAACUGGAAGCCGUCUUGCACUGAUGACUAUGACUGUCUUUACCCUCACAACUGCCAUCAUUAUUGCAUUUGUAUAUGGCUGGCAGCUGACUUUGCUUAUCCUGGCCUGCAUUCCUUUUAUUGUUGGUGCAAAUGCUGUGAGUGCUAGCUCUAUGUCUGGUCAUGCUGCAGAAGACCAAAAAGCUUUGGAAGAGGCUGGAAGAAUUUCAACAGAAUCAGUUGAAAACAUAAGAACUGUGGCUUCAUUGACCAGGGAAGAAAUAUUUUAUGAAAGAUAUAUUUCUAGUUUGAAUCGUACAUAUAGAAAAUCUCUGAAAAAAGCCCCUUUCUAUGGAUUUACCUAUGGAAUAGCUCAGUGUUCAGAGUACUUUAUUAAUGCAGCAGUCUUCAGAUUUGGGGCAUGGCUCAUUGUUAAUUGUCUGACCAACUUUGAAAAUGUAUUUAUAGUCUUCUCUUCUGUCAUAUUUGCAGCUAUGAAUGUUGGUCAGUCUGCUUCCCUGGCACCAGACUAUGGCAAAGCUCGAAUGUCAGCCCAAAGAAUCUUUAAACUUUUGGAAAGAAAACCUCUAAUUGACAGUUACAGUGAUGAAGGUGAAAAAUUGAGCCAUUUUGAAGGCAACAUUGAAUUCAGAAACAUCCAUUUUGUAUAUCCAACAAGGCCGGAAGUUCAGGUUUUGCAAGGACUCAGUGUGAAGGUUAACAAAGGACAGACUCUGGCAUUAGUAGGAAGCAGCGGCUGUGGCAAAAGCACAUCCAUUCAGCUCCUGGAGAGAUUUUAUGACCCUGUGGAAGGACAAGUGGUAGCAGAUGGAUUUGAUACCAGAUCUCUGCAUUUACAAUGGCUGAGGUCCCGACUGGGCCUAGUGUCACAGGAGCCCAUUUUGUUUGACUGCAGCAUUGCUGAAAAUAUCCAGUAUGGAGACAAUAGUAGGGUGAUUAGUCAGGAGGAAAUUGAAGAAGCAGCUAAAGCAGCAAAUAUUCAUGCCUUCAUUGAAAAACUGCCAGAGAAAUAUAAUACCCGGGUGGGUGAGAAAGGAACACAACUUUCUGGAGGUCAAAAACAAAGAAUAGCAAUUGCCCGUGCUCUGGUUCGUAAUCCUGCUGUUCUGCUCCUGGAUGAAGCUACCUCUGCUCUUGACACAGAAAGCGAAAAGAUUGUCCAGAAAGCUCUGGAUAACGCCCGGCAAGGUCGGACCUGCAUCGUCAUCGCUCAUCGCCUGUCCACCGUGCAGACAGCCGACAUCAUCGUGGUGAUCCAGAAUGGCAGGGUGGUUGAGCAGGGCACCCACAGCCAGCUACUGGCAAAGGAAGGGCACUACUAUGCCCUUGUAAAUUCAUAAGUCUCUAAUUAGUACUAUUUGCUGAGGGUUUUUCGUUUUGUUUUUUUAAUGGGAAGAUAUGAAAAAUUCUACAGAGGAUUACUGUGGGCUGUGUGUGUGCUGACUGAGCAGGAACUGUGUUGCAGCCUGGAUGCUGUAUCCAGUGUAGCCCUUGGCCCACACUUCCAUGGGGAUGAGCAGUGCAUGCCCCGUGCUGGGUCACAGAAGGUGCACAGAGGAGUCCUAGGGACUGAAUGUGUUGAGUAGUUUGGUGUGUGAUAUGAUCUGGAGGGUGAGUCUCACCCACAGCUCAGGUGGGUACCCUGCUCUCACUGUCCCCCCAAAGCCUGGCCCAUAGCAGCUGCCAUAGAUCAAGGUGAUAACAGAGUAUGACAGCAGUUAAGCAUCAUGGAUAAACAGCAAGUUGGUGCUUGUGGUUGCUCUUUGGGUUUCUUCAACAGCCAGAUGAAGUCAUAAACUCUUCUUCAGUUAAAGAUGAUUGUCAAUUCUUACUGAAAACUGAGAUUAAAAAAAGAAAUAUUGUAUUAAAGAGAAGAAUGUUGAUGCAUGGGGGUUUUUUUCCCUACUUUAUGCCACAUUUCUCAUAUUACUGUGCUUCACACAUUUCUUGGGAAUUCAAUAUUCUAUUUCAGACAGUAACUGUAAUAGUUACAACUUUCGCAUAUCAAGAUAAACUGCAUAAAAGAUACUAUUGUUUUGUUUAGUAUUUUUCAAAUGCUGACCUAACAGAGUUUAAUCAUGCUUUAUAUCUAUCAGGAUAAUUUCAAAAGUUUUGUGGGGGAGCUAGGAUGGCUUCUAUAUCCAUGUAAACAGCUUUUCAUUGAAAUAAAGAAAAAAAGAAAAGUUGUUUUCAA